GGAAUGGCUCUCUCACUUUUUUGGCUCAUACCCAGAUCGUUUUCUUGCAUUUAAUUGCUUAAAGUUGAAGCCUUUGCUGCAUUUGAGCCAAUUUGAUGUUUUCAAUUGGUGGUGUUAAUUGGGUUGUGGUGAUUGUUUUCUUUUCUGGUAUUUAUUGUAUCUGCCUUGAUGUGGGUUUGGAUGUUUGUAUAUGAAGCAAAGGAAGUGCAUCAGUUGAUAUUUUCAAAACCAAUCUCUACUUUCUAAUAGGUGUUUAAGUGCCACUGAUGUGGGGGUCAUAGCCAUUGCAGAGAGAUGCACCUCUCUGAAAUAUCAAGCUUUCCGAGUUAUGUUUAUGUUCUUAAGUCUGCCUUUUUCCAAAGAUGAUUUUUGAAAUUCUUUGGUAGAUGACCUGCAUUACACGAGCUUGAGUGUUCUUAAGCCACAGUCGAAAAGUUUAAGGCUUUCUGUUUUGUUAGCUAAGAAAUUGAGAGAUAGUGUGAGGUUGAAUGUUGAGAUUUUGCAUUGGCAACAGGCCUUCGUAUGUAUAGUAGUAAGGAGUAUAGAAAGUGAUAUUCAAGUGAGUAUAGAUAAUGAGGCGAAAUGUUAAGCCUUUGAAUUGAUAGUAGGACUCAAUGAAUGUGUAGGGCAGCACGUAUGUAUAUAUUUGCAGCAAAAAGUUUUAUGCAUUCUGUUUUGGUUGCUAAUUAAGAAAUUGAGGUAACUUGAGAUUAAAUGCUAUGGCGAAAUGCUGUUAUUUUCUUCUUGUUGAUGAGAAUCAGCAUUCAAUUACAAAUUGGUUGACUUUGCUAUGGUUUUGUGCAUUCAUUUCGGGGCAAACUGAUUAGUAUUGGCUGUUGAUAUAUUGUUUCAAAGCAAUCGCAGAAGCAAAGAUGGACGAUAUAAAAUAAUCAUGAUAAAUUGAUUGCACAAGCGAGCAUCGCCCUUCCACACGCGCGUAAGCGCGUGCAAGAAGGCUAGUACUCUGAAUCCUAAGAAGAUAAGUUUUUCUUUCCCCCUUUCGUCUCCACAUUAAUGUCAUCUUAAGACCUGAUUUUUUAGAUUCGGUACACUAAAUCAAGCAGAUGGGGAGUUCAAUUCUUGUUAAGGGUUUUGGAGAAAGAGUGCAUCAGGCGACCGUGCUUUUUUGGUCACCUGCCCUGGCCCCUAUCUUUGUUCCACCAUUGGGAAAGUGUUUAGAUUAGAAAUUUGUUUGUGCCUGUUAACUGCCUAGAGGGAUUUCAUGUACUUGUACUUUUGAUGCCGAGUGCAUAAAUCUAUUUACUUCAAUGUUCUGAUUCCAUGUAUUUUCUUUUCCCCUCUUAUUGAGAUCAUAAAUGUUACUUUCCAAUAUGUUGUACGAAUUGAUAUGGGGCCUAUGUCGGCAUCCAUAGUUCGGGUUUCAGAGACUUCCUGUUGAAACCGGAGCUGCUUCGAGCCAUUGUGGGUUCUGGAUUCGAACAUCCAUCUGAAGGAAUGAGCAGAUCACAAGAGCCUUCAGCCCUUAAACGGAAGCGCUCGGACUUGCAAUCCGGGUCUUUGACAGAGCAUGAAAGCAAACUCUAUGAUGCCAUCCGCAGCAAGGCAGAUAUGGGCAUGUCUGUACAAGACUUGAGGCGAGAAACAGGACUCCAGAACAAUUUAUUUACCAAGGCCAUCAAAACACUUCAAGCCAAACAACUGAUAAAAGAGGUUAAAAAUUUUGAAAACAAGACGAGGAAACAUUACAUGGCUACAGAGUUUGAGCCCUCGAAGGAGAUAACUGGUGGUGCUUGGUAUGAUAAUGGACAGUUUGAUACUGAGUUUAUAAAGGUUGUAAAACGUGGGGUUGUGAAGGUCAUUCAUGAUCAGAAGAUUGCUACCUUGGAGGAAAUUUCACACGCAAUUACGAUGAAGAAGUUACUAACUGUUAACUUAUCCGCACAGGAAUUGAAACAGGUUCUUGGGGCUUUGGUUUUGGACAAUGAGGUCCAGAAGGUGGAGAGCACUGAUACGGGGGACUUUGUCGGUGCUAAAGCUAGGAAAGAUUGUUAUAAGUGCUGCAAGAGAGGGGAACCAAACUUAGCAUCCAUGGCUUCCAUUCCAUGCGGAGUCUGUCCGCGUAUUAAUCAAUGUACCCCAGAUGGCAUUAUUUCCCCAACCACCUGUGAAUACUUAAAAAAAUGGUUGGAUUUCUGAACUGAUAUGCCUCUCGAUGGUUUUGGAGGUUUUCCUUCUAUCGCCUAAGACGUAGUUCUGCAGAAGCUUGAUGCCUCUAUCUUUUUGCUUAUGAAUUUUAAGAUAUCAUAAUGUCUCUUUGUAUUUGAAUCCCUUUUUACUUGUUGCAACUUUCAGGUCCGGUUGAAUUUUCAAUGAAAAUUGUAAUCUUUAUGAAUCAACCUUCAGUUGAGUUAAUUUAAUAACAGCAGAGUUUGUUUCCUAUCUA